AUGGCGACUUCAUCGUGGCUAUCGAUACCGGCCUCAAGUCACUUCUCGCUGGCGAACAUCCCAUUUGGCAUCAUCUCUACAUCGUCGGAUCCGAGACCCAGGACAGCCAUAGCAAUAGGCGACCACUGUCUGGAUCUCAAAGAGUUUGCAAGCGGUGGAGGCUUCAAGCCCAUCGAUGUCAACCCGAUCGUCUUCGCCUCAAUCUCUCUGAAUGCAUUCGCUGCAUUGGGCAAGCCAACUCAUCGCAAAGUGCGAACGUACCUCCAGGAUGUCUUCUCAGAAUCCACCAAGCAUCCCGACAUUCUCAAGGACAACGAGAGCCUUAGACAAUCAGCCUUGCUAAGACUGAGCGAUGUUCGUACGCACGUACCCAUGGAGAUUGGAGAUUACACGGACUUCUACGCUGGCAAGAACCACGCCUUCAAUCUAGGCUGUAUCUUACGUGAUCCCAAGAAUGCUCUGCAGCCAAACUACACGCAUCUGCCUGUUGGAUACCAUGGCCGAGCUUCAUCUGUUGUUGUAUCCGGCACACGGAUCAAGCGACCAAACGGACAGAUCCUCGAGAACCCUGCAGCUGACCCGAAGAUACCUAUCUUCAGCCCAAGCCGGCGACUUGAUAUCGAGGUGGAGCUCGGUGCCUUCUUGUGCAAGGACAAUGAGAUGGGAUCGCCAGUACGGAUACAAGAUGCGGCCGAGCAUAUCUUUGGGUUCGUUCUGAUGAACGACUGGUCAGCACGAGACAUUCAGGCGUGGGAGUAUGUGCCCUUAGGACCAUUCAAUGCGAAGAACUUUGGCACUACUAUAAGCCCAUGGGUUGUCCUGACGGAUGCUCUGGAGCCCUUCAGGUCAAAAGGCAUCGAGAAUGACAGCCAGCUGUUGCCUUAUCUGCAGGAGAAGGAACCGAAGAACGUUUACGACAUCAGGCUUGGUGUCGACCUUGCUCCGGAAGGGCAGAAACCUGAACGCGUGUUGAACACGAACGGCAAGAAUCUGCUAUUCUCAUUUGCGCAAAUGCUUGCUCACCACUCCAUCGGAGGCUGCCCCAUGCGCGUCGGUGACCUCCUCGGAUCCGGCACCAUUAGUGGAACAGAGCAGGGCUCAGAGGGUGCCUUGAUCGAGUACACGAAAGGCGGCAAGCAGGCAAUGAAGUUGCAAAGCGGCGGCGAGCGUAAGUUUUUGCAAGACGGAGAUACCGUGACCAUAACAGGCGUGUGUGGCAGCGAGGAGAGUGGUCUCGUAGGGUUUGGAGAAUGCUCCGGCCAGAUCCUGCCAGCACCGAAGCUGCGACCUUCAGCAACGCGGAUCGAGCGGAGGAGAGGACCCGGCACAACGUAUCAAGACAUCGACGCCGCCGCCGUCAUGUUGGAUAGAAUUCUGGAUCUCAGCUCUCCCGUCACCUUGACAUUUCUGUUCCUCUCUCUGGCAUACUUUGGCAUCAGAUACCUCAAUCGCACCGACACACCCAAGAUCAAGAAUCUGCCGGAGAUUCCAGGCGUGCCUCUCUUCGGCAACCUCCUCCAACUUGGCCAGGAUCAUGCUCGAGUCACAGGAGAGUGGGCGAAGAAGCAUGGCUGGCCUGUCUUUCAGACCAGACUAGGAAACCGCCGCAUUGUAUUUGCGAACACGUUCGACUCGGUCAAGCAUCUUUGGAUCACGAACCAGUCGGCCUUGAUCUCAAGGCCCACUCUGUACACGUUUCACAGUGUGGUGUCAACGUCCCAAGGCUUCACGAUCGGAACAUCGCCAUGGGACGAGUCCUGCAAGCGGAGGAGAAAGGUGGCAGCCACGGCGCUGAACAGGCCAGCUGUGCAGAGCUAUAUGCCUUUCAUUGAUCUCGAAGCGACAGUGGCCAUCAAAGACCUGUACAAGGACAGCAAAGGCGGCGAGCUUGAGCUCGAUCCGCGCAAGUAUUUUCACAGGUUUGCACUAAAUACGAGCUUGACCUUGAACUACGGCAUCCGGAUCGAUGGUGGUAUUGAUCAGGAACUCCUCCGCGAAGUCGUGCAUGUCGAACGCGUUGUGUCCAACUUCCGGAGUACUUCCAACAAUUGGCAAGACUACAUUCCUCUACUCCGCCUGCCAUUCAUCUCACGCCAGAAUAAGGAUGCAGUCGCUUACCGCCAGCGGCGCGACAAGUAUCUUACCACGUUCCUGAACAUGCUGAAGGAUCGGAUCGCCAAGGGCACCGACAAUCCGUGCAUAUCUGGGAACAUCAUCAAAGAUCCAGAGGAAACUCUUAACGAAGCCGAGCUCAAGUCGAUCUGUCUCACCAUGGUGUCCGCUGGCAUCGAUACCGUACCUGGUAAUAUGAUCAUGGGUCUCGGCUAUCUAGCAACGGAAGAAGGUCAGGAGAUCCAAAAACGUGCUUAUGAAGAGAUCAUGAAAGUCUACCCUACCGAUGGGGAAGCCUGGGAAAAGUGCUUGGUCGAGGAGAAGGUGCCGUACAUCACAGCAUUGACGAAGGAGAUUCUGCGCUUCUGGACCGUCAUCCCCAUCUGCCUGCCACGCACGUCGAUCAAAGACAUCAAGUACGAAGACGCCGUCAUUCCCGCGGGUACGACGUUCUACAUGAAUGCUUGGGCCGCCGACUACGACGACACGCACUUCAAGAAUCCGUACCACUUCAAUCCAGAUCGUUACCUGAACGACCAGGAGGGCUCUGGAACACCGCACUACGGCUAUGGCGCCGGAUCGCGGAUGUGUAUUGGCUCGCAUCUGGCGAACAGAGAGAUCUACACGGCAUUUCUGCGAAUGAUUACAGCCUUCGAGUUCUACCCAGCGAAGGAUCCCAAUGAUCGGCCGGUGAUGGAUGCGUUGGCAUGUAACAGUAUACCGACUGCCUUGACAACAGAGCCCAAGCCAUUCAAGGUCGGCUUCAAGGUGAGGAAUAAGGAGAGUCUGGAAAGGUGGAUCAAGGAGAGUGAUGAGCGGACGAAGAAUCUAUGA